AUGUUUUCUAGAAAUCGCCCUGUCCAAUAUGAGUAUCUGGAUAACACUGCAGAUAUUCAAGUUCAUGCGUGGGGGAACACUUUUGAAGUCGCGGUAGAACAAUGCGUCUUAGGAAUGUAUGGCUAUAUUUCGGAUUCUAGUCAUGUUGACUUUGAUGGGGAUGUGACCCCCAUUGUAAUCAAAGCCAAGGGUCACGAUUGCUUGUCUCUCUUGUAUGAUGUCCUGAAUGAAUUCCUUUGUUGCAACAGCACGAUGGAUCUUUUGUUCUGUGACGUGCGCUGCAUCACUCCAGUAGCUAAGGACUACUCAUCUGUGCGUCUUCUUGGGAUUGGAGAAAAAUAUAGCAAGGAGAAGCACAAGCAAGGAACCGAGGUCAAAGCGAUCACAUACAGCAACAUGCAGGUUCUCCACAAAGAGGAUGGAGUCCAUAUAUACGUUAUCCUCGACAUUUCGAGAGUUUGUUACAAACAUGCGAAUCCAACAUCUUUCUUCCAAUAUUCUUUCUCCUAUCCUUCAGAGACGGCUUCUCAGCUCCUUUCGCUCCAAAUAACUUCGAUUUAUCCUCCUGACCUCCCAUUCGAUUUCCCUCCAAACUCUUUAUGCUUCCUGUACUUUCAUUUCCACUGA